AUGGUACCAGCAGAAGUCACUUCUGAACCAAGGACCCCAGAGAAGGGGAGCUUGGGAGGAGUGAUGCAGGGGCUGAGUGACAAUCUGAGGAACACUCUGGCCUGGUCCUGGAAAGGUCUUUCAAAAAAUGCUAAAGAGGACGAUUGGGAAAAGGAAGCAUUGGUCAGACAUGACAUUUUAAUACCUCACUUAAAGCCAUUUCACAUUGGAGUCAAAGCAUUACCCCUUGAUGUCAUUGAACAAAUGGUAAAUCAGAAUAAUAUUGAUGGAAUUUAAUCAAUGAAACGCACAGCCCUGCAUUUUGCUGUGGGUGGAAACCAUUUAUCAGCAGUAGAAUUCCUUCUCAAUCACAAGGCCAGAGUGGACAUUGCUGAUAAGCAUGGCUUGACCGUCCUUCAUCUUGCAGCCUGGUCUGGAAGUUUAGAAAUCAUGCUAAUGUUAGUGAAAGCUGGAGCUGAUCAGAAAGCCAAGAAUCAGGAUGGGAUGACCAUACUCCAUUUUGCAGCUCAGAACAAUAAUGUGAGAAUCGUGGAUUAUCUUAUCCUGGAUCUUCAUCUGAAAGAACUAAAUCAGCAAGAUGAGAAAGGAAGAAAGCCAUUUCUUUUGGCUACUGAAAGGGGACAUGUUGAAAUGGUAGAAAAAUUCAUCGAACUCAACCUGCUCACUUCAGAAAAAGAUAAGGAAGGAAAUACAGCUUUGCACCUAGCAGCAAAGCAUGGUCACACCAAUAUUGUAGAGAUGCUGAUAACCCAGUGGCAAGAAAUAAAUGAACCCAAUGAGGAUGGAGAAACACCAUUCUUUUUAGCUGUUGCUGGAGGCCACAAAGAAGGUAGCAAAUUGUUAUUGGAUGCAGGAAGUGAUGUCAACAUUCCAAAUAAAAACAACAUUAAUGCUUUGCAAAUAGCAAUCCAGAAUGGGCACACAUCCCUUGUCAUGUUUCUUCUCAGUGAAGACAUUGUUCUGGAUCAGAAAGCCGAGCAGGAUUCCCCUCUUCACUUGGCCAUCAUCAACAACCACGUCACCGUAGUGAAUGACUUACUGGGAGCUAAGCACGAUGUGGAUGCCUUAAAUCAGAAGCAGCAAACUCCUCUGCACUUAGCAGCUGACCGUGGGAAUGUGGAAUUGGUGGAAACCCUGCUGAAGGCAGGCUGUGAUCUCAAGGCUGUCGAUAAGCAAGGAAAGACGGCGUUAGCUGUAGCAUCCAGGAGCAACCAUUCUCUCGUCGUAGAUAUGAUCAUCAAAGCUGAGAGAUAUUACACCUGGAGAAAGGACCAUGAAGAAAAGAACUAUGACUCACCCACAGGCCUGGCUCUGACAUUCAAACAAGAUCACAGUUUGGAGACAAAGCAGAUCCGCUCUUGCCUCUGGAAGUUGGCUUACCAUCAACUAAAAGCCCAAGAGUGGCGGAAGCUGGCUCGCUCUUGGGAAUUUUCAGAUGAACAGAUCAAAGCUAUUGAAGAACAGUGGUCAGGAAGCAAGAGCUCUUGUGAGCACGGCCACAGAAUGCUGCUCAUCUGGUUACAUGGGAUCCUGAUGAGACGCGAGAAUCCCAUGAAACAUUUAUAUGAAGAUCUGGUAAAUGCAGGGUUCCCAGAACUAGCAGAAAAGAUCCGACGACUGCAAAGCAGUACAGAUGCAAGCUCCAAGAGAUGUGCAGUUUCAUAGCCUCAAUAA